AUGUCAGGCGCUGCAUACGAUAAGGCCUCGGAGCCUAUCAUCGUCGACGUAAGCAAACCAGACAACUACACAAUCCGAGCAAAAGAAUCCGCGAGCAACGCCCGACAGAAGAUCGCAGAGACAUUCGAACCGGGUGAUACGAAAACCACCACUCGCCGAAUGUCAGAUACGCCGACUAGUAUGCGAGAUCAAUUCACGAAAUCGAGUGAGGAGUCUGCCGAGGAAGGGAAGUCAAUGUUGGAUUCUGCACAUGAGAUGGUUGCCAAGGCGUUGGGCGGGGGUUCGCGUGGUUCUAGUUGA